UUAGACGGGACCGAUUUUUACAAAGGGUACGUUCGUAUAAAUAACGAUUAUGCUCACAUAUUUAUCGGGAAAACAGUCGUUGCUUCACCGACUGAUUUGCACGUUGACGGAACAUUUAAGGUAGUUCCUAAAAUGUUUUAUCAAAUGAUAACAUUUGGAUACAUUUUGCUUGAUCAUUUUAUUCCAACUAUUUUCAUACUUAUGACUAGAAAAACGCAAGAGCUGUAUUCUCUUGCAUUUUCCAAAGUUGCUGAACUCGUUCCACAUUUGUCACCGUUACGGAUAAUGACGGACUAUGAACAAGCACUGAUGAAUACCUUGGAAAUUCAAUAUCCUUUAGCUGAAAUUUCAGGCUGUUGGUUUCAUUACGUAAAUGCUGUGGUUAACAAGUGUAAACAUCUUGGAUUGUUUGGACUUUUAAAACUGCAAGUUCACAGUGAUUUGAAGAAAUGGAUAAGGCUAUUAUUGUGUCUUUCUUUGCUACCGCCUCACCAUAUUCAGCCAACAUUAGGCAAUUUGAAUCCAAAUUUGUUUGUGGUGUCAUUAAGCAUAAAUGACUUCGCAAAAUGUCAAAGUUUAAUGACCUAUAUGGAAACAUUUUGGAUUGGGCGUAUUGGCAGUAACAAAAUUUCUGUUUUUGGUUGUCCCAGAAGAACGAACUCUGAUCAAGAAAGCCUCCAUGCCUCGCUUUUAAAACGAAUAAAGAUUGCUCAUCCAAACAUUUGGCUUUUUAUAACAGAACUAAGAAAGUUUGCAGAAGUCCAGCAACUUGAUAAAGUACGUUUAGAAUGUGGACUUCAAAUUCGUCGGAGACGAAAGCAGAAAUAUGUUUUAAAUGAUCGUAAAAUCAGAGUUGCUACUGAAAAUUUGGCCAACGGACGUCUAACUUCAUUGGAAUUUCUACAAAGUGUUUCACAUUGCGCAGAUGCGUUAUUUAACAAUCAACUUGGCGUUAGUUGUAUAAAUCAACCACCGGAAUUGGAAACAGUUUCAUCAUUUACGCAAGUUCAAAUGGAGCCCUCACAGCCAAAUUCAAUUCCACCUCAAGAUGAAGCCCAGCAACUUAAUGUAUCAAUACCACGGGAUGUAGCUAUAGUGCAAAAUACAGAUGAUGUAGCUAUAGUGCAAAAUACAGAUGAUGUAGCUAUAGUGCAAAAUACCUUCCAACUCGGAGAAAACUUACAUAGUUCUACAGAAAUUGUUGGAGUCACGGAGACUUUAAGAGUAGUGGAUGAAACUAAUGGAACAACAUGUCCUGUUUGUUUAGAAAAUACUCCAAACUUCGCUGCUGUUCCCUGUGGACACAUGGUUUGCACAAUGUGUAUACCACAUUUACAGUUAAAAUGUCCUCGUUGCCGAGCAACAGUUCUUAUGUUUAUACAAACAUUUGCGUGAUCUGCUUGAUAAAUGUUCAUAUACAAACUUUUUUGUUGAAAUUUAACAGUAUAGUUGUAUUCAAAACUAAAUUUAU